AAAUGAAUUUCAUAUGACACUGACGUUUAAAAGCAAACUCAACAGCCUGGUGGUGACCAUGACAGCAUCAUUAUUUUGGAUACUUCUGCCAUUGAAGUAGGUUGUUUCUCAGCAAGUACAGCUUCGAGUGACACGAACACAUUGUCAUUCGUAUAGAUCAAGAAGCAUUCCCUCAAACCUUUUAGAAAAACUGGAACUUUCAAAUUCCAGGAAAUUGUUGUCUCGGAUGCCAGGUCUCAGGACUCUCAACACAAGCUCAAAACUGGUCACGUGAUGUCUGAUGACCCAACUGGUGGUGGUGGUGCGUCUUCCAUGGUUCCAGGACCGGAGCAGCAGGUCCUACAAGUGGAAGACUCUAAUUUGUCAGUUAAUCAGGGGGAUCCGUCCACGGGAAAAGACAAAAAGAAGACGGCAGCAGCCACUUUGGAUGAAACUUCUCCCUCCUCUGCUGAGUCUUUCGAGAUGUUGGAUGGUCUGGAUUUGUCCGAGUCCAUUUACGAACCAGUCCAACCUCAUUGGUUCUACUGUCGUCGGACCAAUGAGAAAGACUGGCUACCAUUCAGCCAUGAAGACUCUCUUAAGCUGGAGGAUGCCCUCAAGAACUUGAAAAAAGAAGAUGAGAGCGUGGUCGCUGUGGAGGGUGGUCGCUAUGACGUUCGCCUGACUGAGCGUCUGCGCUAUGCUGUCUACUGGGACCAGGCACCCUCAGAAGUCCGUCGCUGCACGUGGUUCUUCAAAGGAAACGAAGACCCCCGGUACAUGCCAUACCCAGAGUCUUUCAGUGAACGCUUGGAGGAUGCGUACAUGAUAGCCGUAACAUUAGGGGAGUGGAAGAGGAAGCUGGAGUUUCCCACAGGCGAGACGGUCAUUCUCCACAACCCCAAGCUCAUUAUGCAGUACCAGCCAAUCAUGCUGCAGGAUGACUGGGUCUCCUCCCCCUCUGAACAGGGGAGGCCGCGCACAGUAAAGAGGGGCAUUGAGAACAUUGCUGUGGACAUCCCAGAAGGGGAACCUCAGACAGUGGACCACCUUGUGUUUAUGGUGCAUGGGAUCGGGCCUGCAUGUGACCUUCGGUUUCGGAGCAUCAUCCAAUGUGUGAAUGAUUUCCGCAGUGCUGCCUUGAGCCUGCUCAGCUCCCACUGCAGGUCGGCCCGAGAGGAGGGCAGGGUUGGCAGGGUCGAGUUCCUUCCUGUUGACUGGCACAGUGCUCUCCAUGGCGAUGCCACCGGCGUUGACGAGUCCAUCCAACGGAUCACUCUCCCCAGCAUCAGCCGACUCCGACAUUUCACCAACGACACCUUGCUGGAUCUCUUCUUCUACAACAGCCCCACCUACUGCCAGACUAUCCUGGACACCGUGGUAACAGAGGUCAACCGACUCCACAGUCUGUUCCGUUGCCGCCACCCAGACUUUAAGGGGCAAGUGUCCCUAGUGGGCCACAGUUUGGGGUCUCUUAUUCUUUUUGAUCUUCUCACCAAUCAGAAAACAAGCUCUGAGGACUUGGGGAAUGAGAUGAAAAAAUCUUUCGGUGACCUUUCAACCCCUAAGAAAGAAAACCUGGAAGAUGCCCUCAGUAGACUGGGGCUUCAGAAAUACAUUCCUAUUCUACAGAAGGAAGAAAUGGACCUAGACUCUUUGUCUCUUUGCACAGAAACUGAAUUAGAAAAAGUAGGAAUACCUCUUGGACCACGCAAAAAAAUCUUGGACUUGGUCAGUAGAAGACAAAUCUUGAAGGAUCAUAAAGCCAGGAUGGCGGCCAUGUUACCUCCUGAAGACUUAGCAGACCACAACGAUGCCAGCGCGGCCCACCGUCAAAGCUUCCUGCGGACCUAUUCCACCACCAGUGCCGUAGACUACAAAUAUUUUGAUGUGGGGAUCGGUCAGGUGUCCAUCCAUUACCCUCAACUAUCUUUCCAUCCACACUCCUUCUUUGCGUUUGGCUCACCCAUCGGAAUGUUUCUGACUGUUCGAGGACUGAAACGUAUCGACCCCGACUACAACUUCCCCACGUGCAAGGCCUUCUUCAACAUCUACCACCCUUUUGAUCCAGUUGCGUACCGCAUUGAGCCCAUGAUUGUGCCUGAGGCUGAUCUGGAGCCGAUGCUGAUACCACAUCACAAGGGGAGGAAGAGGAUGCAUCUGGAGUUGAGGGAGAGUUUGACCCGCAUGGGUGUUGACCUGAGGAACAACGUGCUUGGCUCCCUGCGGACGGCGUGGCAGUCCUUCGCCCGUAUACCGGUGGCUGCCCUUCCAUCUGGGGAGGAAGCGGUGUGCGCAGGCGUCGCCAUGGAGACCUCAGAGACUCGAGAAACAGAGGGAACAGAGGAAAGCGAUGUAACAGAGGAAAAAGACUUAAAGAUUGGAAUGUUGAAUGGGGGUCGGCGAAUUGACUAUGUUCUCCAAGAAGCACCUAUCGAAAGUUUCAACGAGUACCUCUUUGCCAUCCAGAGUCACCUCUGUUACUGGGAAUCUGAAGACACAGCUCUUCUGCUUCUGAAGGAAAUCUAUGAAAAACAUGGUAUAGCUUUUGAACAAUCCCCAUCAUAGGACAUUAACAUAUGGAAGGACCAUAUAGAAGGAUAAAAAACAUGAAGAAAGUAUGGAAGGAUGAAGUUUUAAUUACGGUUUAUCUUUACCUCAAGACUGAUAACACAUUGAUGUGGAAUUAGAGGUUUUAAUAUCUCUACAUAUAAUUAAGUCUCUAAAGACCACUGUAGUCAUUUUUGACUAGAAAUGUUUUUGAUAUACUAAACACUAAUCCUGAAAUAAAAAUGUUUUGGGUGAUGGGUAAUGUCAGAAUAGGCAACAGCUAAUGCAUGGUUAUAUGCCAGCUUAAAUCAGCCUUGUUGCCGAGUACAAAUACCUUGACACAGCAAGUAUACUGCCUUUUUGCUGCUAUGUUAUUGGACUGCAACUUUUCCGUUUAACAGUGUUUUCAUUUCAUCUACCCAGUUAAUCAUAUGUGUACUGUUUUAUGCCAUGCAGUUAGUUGAUAACUGUGCUAUUAAUUGUUACCAAAGAUGUACCUUGUUUCCCCUCCCUCAGCCAAAACACAUUUACUUCAGUUGUGACAUGAGAGAAAAUGUUUGUAUGGGUGAGCUGUACAACAUUUUUUUCAGUACAUCAUCGCCAAUUAUAAGUUAACCCUUUAAUCAACCUGUUGCAUACAGGUUUAGUUUUCACUACAUUACAGCAUUUCGUCAGUGCAGAGCCUUUGCAGCAUACAAACUAAGUUAUAAGACCACAAGCCACUGCAGCAGCUGGUCACCAUAUCCUAGAAUCCAUAUCAAGAAGCAGGAUUACCCAAACCAACAUAUGUGAGGACGGUCAGAUUGGAAUUGAUUGUCAGAGUUAAAUUAAGAUACAAAGCAAAACACUUCACGCUGAUUUAUGUUGAAGAAAGAAACACCAGAAGAAAUUGCAUGUUGUUUUUACAGUUUUGAGGUGUGGUGCCAAAUCUGAUUGUGGUAAGAGUGUGUUGAGUUUGUUCAUAUCCUAAUGCCUGCAAUAUGUGACUCUUUCGUGCAAUAUGUGACUCUUUUCUCCCAUUUCCUUUGUAAAAGGACUGAACUUUCCAGAAGCACUUUACUUUGGCAUGUUUCUCACUGCCUGAUCAGCCAGUCACGUGGUUGUUACCCUUCACUCUUUUCAAAUUGAUGAAUAAUGGUGAUUGGACAGAGACAUUCCAGAUUGUCAGCAGGCAUCAUUACUCGCACUCUGACCCCUGAAGUGCAUCUUAAGGGAACACUUUUGUGAAAAGGGUAAAACAAAAUGCCCCAUUCCAGUUGUGUCUUUCACCCCUCCAGUACCCUGGUCAGUCACGUACCUUUUUAAUAAUGUACUAAGUGGUACCUUAAGUUUACUUCAGGUGUGCAAAUGUACAGGUGCGGGUAAGGUCAUUUGAGCUUAUGAACUUUGUAAAAAUAAAGUUCUCAUUUUGCCAAUAUGAUCAGAGGAUAAUCAACUAUUGUGUUGCAGCUUGAAGUUAUUUGAAUCGUACAAGUAUUAUGAAGUUGGUGACAUUUUGAGAACAAAAUGCUUUGCUUGCUCUUUUAUUUUAUUUUUUGUGUGCUAUGCAUGUGUCACAAAAACUGAAGGUAUAUCACAGUAAUCCUCUCACAGUGCACUCUAAAAUGCUGCCAUUUUGUUCAGUUACCCACACUCAAAAUUUUAUACUGGCUAUGAGAAAUACUGAAAUACAGCAUUACAGUUUUAUUUAUUUGUAUGUUUUAUUUAUCCAAUUUCAUGUAUUUGAACAAAUGAAUAAAUAAACAUUUAACAAA